GAUGGGGUUGUAGUACCCAACCACGGUCGUGACCACUCCGGAGGCGAUGCUGCAGAUGACGGAAGAGAUGAGCAGCGGAAGCAGCUUGAAGCCAGCGUCAAUGGCCUUGUCGCCAAAGAUUGCUUGGAAGUAAAUGGCUAUUUUGCAGAAAGGGGUAUGAAAGCCGAGGAGAAAGACACGGAAAAGGCAAACGCAAGCACGGUAUCUCGGUUCUUGAAAAGCCUCGGCGGCAGCAUCCCAUCGUCUCCCAUGCGCACUUCCACCCAGACAAAGAUUGCGCACAGCACGGCGGUGGCGACAAAGAGCCCGAUGAUCUGGGGGCUGUUCCAGGCAAACUCGGUU